ACCACUCACCGGCCUUUUAUCUUCUGCUCCUGUGUUGUCUUUGUCUUGGGCACGGAAACUCCCGCACUUACCACGUGCUCUCUCUUGGACAGGAGGCUUCUCACAGGUUUGCUCUGCCUGUGAGUGGUUCGGAAGGAGCGAUCAAGCAGGAGAACUUUGUGCUGAGCACUUCAGGCACAGACCAGGUGAAAGGUGUGUUAACGCUUCAGGGAGAUGCCUUGUGUCAAGCAGACAUUAAUUUGAAAAUGCCCAGAAAUAAUCAGCUCCUGCACUUUGCAUUUCGGGAAGACAAACAGUGGAAGCUGCAGCAGAUCCAGGAUGCUAGAAACCAUGUUAAUCAAGCAAUUUACCUGCUUAUGAACAGAGAUGUAAACUACCAGUUCAAAACGGGCUCGGAGGUCCUCAAGCUCAUGGAUGCUGUGAUGUUGCAGCUCACGAGAGCUCGGAAUCGGCUCACCACUCCAGCCACCCUGACUCUACCAGAAAUUGCCUGCGGUGGUCUCACAAAAAUGUUCACCCCUGCUCUGCCUCCAGACAUCCUUGUGAAUUUCUAUAUUAACCUGAACAAGCUGUGCCUGACUGUCUACCAACUCCAUGUGCUGCAGCCCAGCACAACCAAGAACUUCAAGCCUGCUGGAGGGUCUGUUCUGCACAAUCCUGGCGCUAUGUUUGAGCUUGGCAACCAGAGGUAUGAAGUCAGCCAUGUUCAUAAAGUGGAAAGUGUUGUGCCGUGGUUAAAUGACGCCCUUGUCUUCUUCACAGUUUCACUGCAGCUUUGCCAGCAGCUGAAGGACAAGAUCUCUGUUUUCUCCAGUUAUUGGAACUACAGGCCGUACUAGUUCUCUGUGGAGUGUCCAAGCCCUUACAGCACUGCCACUGUCUCCCUGUUUAUUUGAGUCCAGGUCAGCCAGAGGAGGAGUGCUGUGGUUCACUGCCCUAUGUCCCACCAUAGGGUAGGUCUGGUGUUUCUGGAGAGGAACCUUCAGUAGCCUUGUCUGAGACUGCUGCAUGUGCAGAACACUAAGCAGUGCUGUGUGGUUGGCAAGAGCUUCUGCCUGUCCUUGUUCACAACUGGGUUUGUGGUUAGUGCUUUGCAAACCCCUGAUGAUCCGCGUAAUUCUGUUCAAAGAGACAGUGUAGGGCUGUGGACCACUCUCUCUAACUGUAUUUGCACACAGUGCAGUAACUAACUGCUGGGCGAUGAGCUGGCUGGGAAGUGAUGAAAACAGACUAAUCUCACCCUUCACAAGCAGUGCGGGGCUGCUGCUCC